UGGCUCAGAAAUAAGACAGAGAAGAAGAAGAAGAGACCAUCCUUCCAUCAUCAUCAUCAUCAUGCGCGGCACCACAAGUCUCCUCCUGCUGGUCUUGCUGGUCCAGAGUCUCCUGGGCACGCCGGUGUGCAUCAACCAGUGCUGCCGCUUCGUGGAGAGCUUCCCCGGCCGGCUGAGGAAGCUCCGCCAGGAUUACGUGCACAUCAGAGACUUCUACGAAGCCAAAGACGACCUGGACACGGCGCUGCUCGACCAAAGUGUGGAGGAUUCCUUCAGAACGCCGUUCGCCUGCCACGCCAUGGACGACAUUCUGGACUUCUACCUGCGCACGGUGCUGCCCACGGCCCUGGCGGGGGUGUCGGAGGACAGCAAGGGGCUGAAGACCCACGUAGAGUCCAUCCAGCACAUAUUCGACGAGAUGAAGAGGGAGGUCAACAAAUGCCGGAAGUACUUUGCCUGCCAGACGCAGUUUGACGUCAUCAAUCUCAACGCCACGUACAACCAGCUGGAGAGCAAAGGCGUGUACAAGGCCAUGGGCGAGCUGGACGUGCUCUUUAACUACAUCGAGACUUACCUGGCGUCUAAACGCCACAGAAGCCAUUUUGUGUCCUCCUGAAAACUCCCCUUCUUUGUAAAAAAAAAAUUAUUUGUCUAUUUAUUUGUCAUCAAUAAACAAAGUCAGUGUC